AUGUUUAUGCUCCGAAAUGUGAGCAAGUUUAUAUUCGGCGAUAGCUCCAAAGAAUCUAUCAUAGACAUCCCUCAAGGCCAGCUCUACCUUGUUCGUCCGCUUUCACCAAAAGGCUACUCUGAGCUUAUCUUCAAGGACGCCGCCGCCUCGAUCCGACGGACCGGCCAAGAAUUCCAGUACCAGCUCGUUAUACAACGCGCGUACGAGGAGGGCGAGGAGGAACUUGGUGAAGACGAAGACGGCGAAGGUGUUGCGGAUAGCUUGGACAAGGACGAGAAGGCCUUCCUUCUUGACCAAAACCUUCACUUUCGCUCCGAGGUUCGCGAGGGCGGCUCAAAGAUCCUCGCUUGGAGGGAUCUGAGUGGCGACGUCGGUGACCUCUUCGAGUUUGUCUGCGAUCCUUCCGUCCCGUCGGACAAGGUUUCCACCUUUGAGCUAGCAGCUCUCCAGUGCCAGUACGAGCGCAAAUACCGUCGAAGCGCCCAGCGGGCCACACAAGAAGAGCUCCAGGAAUUCUCCUUCCAGGAAGAGAAACCGAUACCCUCCGCAAGCCCUAUUGCAUCUCCAGCAAAGUCACCCGCACACUCCCUCACUUCUGGUGACACAACUAUGGUUCGAGAUACAGAAUAUACCCGUGCCAAAAAGCAGCUUGCUGCUCCGGCCGCGACCGAUGCGCCCACCGUCGCUCCCCCUUCUGCUGCCCAUCCAGAGGCGAGAGAAACUUUGACUCAAGAGAAAGCUGAGCUGCACCUCUUCGACUUGCCAUCUGGAACUUUUGUCCUCAAAGACGCUAAUGUUGUUGCAACUGUGACGGAGGUUGGUGACUGGCAAUACUGGCUUCAGAUCAGUGGCGAUGACAGGGAUUGGUUAGGGCAAGCUGUGGUUGCAGAUAUCAACCCGGUAUUCAAUUUUGAAUACUUGUCUUUCAUUUUCAACCACUACGACGAAAAUGGUUCUGCGUACUCCUGGCUUUUACGCUUCAAGGAUCAAGUUACUGAAGAGAGAUUCCAGCAGGGCUUGUUACAAGCGCUUUGGGAACAGUUGAACGAGGUCAAAUGGACUAAGGUUAAAGACAACGACAAGGACUAUGUCCUCGACGCAUUCCAGGAGUUAACUAUGGAGGAUGCCGAUCAAGCGGCAGAGGCGGAUGAAGAAGAGGAAGAGGAGGAGGAAGAAGAAGAAGACCAAUACGAUGGUCAACGCAGCGAACACUACGACUCCGAUGAAGAGCAGGACGACGUAGUAACGCGUGAUGAUGACGGAAAUGUCAACUCCCAGCUUGCUGUCGGUUACAAGCAUGACCGCUCUUUCGUCGUGCGUGGCUCAAAAAUUGGAGUUUUCAAGCACACGCCGGACAACAAUCUCGAGUUUUCGACCAAUAUUUCCAAGGUGGAAACGCCCAAGGGCAAGCUGUUCAGUCCCAAGAAGGUUAUGCUGCACGCGGAGGAUUCAAAUAUGAUUCUCCAGAACAGCGAUAACCCUAACUCUCUCUACCGAAUGGAUUUGGAGUAUGGUAAGAUCGUCGACGAAUGGAAGGUUCACGAUGAUAUCCCCGUGCACACAUUUGCGCCUGAGAGUAAAUUCUCGCAAAUGACUUCCGCUCAGCCGUUUGUGGGAGCCUCUCACAACGCGCUUUUCCGGGUUGAUCCUCGUGUAUCCGGAAACAAGCUAGUGGAAGCCGAACUCAAGCAGUACGCUAGCAAGAACGAUUUCUCCGCUCUGGCUACGACCGAGAAGGGUUACCUUGCUGUCGCCUCCAAUAAGGGUGACAUUCGCAUGUUCGACCGCCUGGGAAUCAACGCCAAGACGCAUAUUCCUGCGCUGGGAGAAGCUAUUAUCGGUCUAGACGUGUCUGCUGAUGGCCGCUGGGUCCUUGCUACUUGCCGGACCUACCUCCUCCUCAUUGACUCAAUGCAGAAGGAAGGCAAGAAUGAAGGCAAGCUUGGAUUUGAGCGCUCAUUUGCCAAAGACUCCAAACCUCAACCUCGACGCCUGGGUCUCCAGCCUGCCCACGUUGCUCAGUUCCAGCAUGAAACGAAGAAACCGAUUUCUUUCACCCCUGCCCGCUUCAAUACUGGUGUCGAUAGCCAGGAAACAUCCAUUGUCACAGCCACUGGUCCUUUCAUCAUCACGUGGAGCCUGAAGAAGGUCACCUCUGGCCGCAAGGAUCCGUACACCAUUAAGCGCUACUCCGAGGAGGUCAUGGCGGACAACUUCCGGUUUGGUUCGGAUAAGAAUGUCAUUGUCGCUCUUCCUAACGAAGUCAACAUGGUCGCGAAGAGGGCCCUUCAGAAGCCCACUCGUGAAAGCAUUGCUGGUCCCGUCACACCCAGUCGCCGCAGCACUCGCUGGGGCAGUAGACUUGGAAGAGACGACAUUGUCAACUCGCCUUAUUAG